AUGCAGCCGUCGUCCUCCGCCGACUCGCCGAGGCAGGCGGACAAUAGCAGCCGGAAGCAGCAGCGUUCCUCCUCCCCCGCCGGCCUCAAAGCGACCAAGCACCUCGCCUCCAAACCAGCGGGGCAGGGCGCAGGGACAGGGAGGAGCAGCCGCGGUCAUUCUCCUGUCUCGUCCGGCAGGGAACGGCAGGCCGGAGGCGCUCACGCAUCCAAAGGCGCGGCCGCUGUUCAGGUUGCAGGUGCUGAAAGCCCCACGCUGAGCCGGGCGGCGCCAGACAGGGGGGGCAGCCAGACAUCUGACGAGUCCCCACCGCGCCUGUGCUCCGAUGCCUCCUCCCCCUCCAGAGCCGAUCCGAACCGAGUUGUGUCGGAUCAGCCCUGCGCAACCAAAUCGCCCAAACUGAGGAGUAAAAACCAGAGAGGAGGGGACGCCUCUGCAGCGACGAAGAAUAGCUCUAAAAGCGCAGUGGGCUGCGGACCUGGUUUCUGGAAGGAGGGCUGCUUACAAUCAGAGCUCAUUCAAUUCCACCUGAAUAAAAGCUUAGGGAAGAAGGGAACAAAGAUGCAGGUCAAACCCGCAUCCCCCCCUGCCUUGGAGCUAUCCCCUGAGCCUGAGCCCCGACUACGAGCCCCCCAGCAGGAACAGACGCUUCUGGAAGAGGUGGAACGGCUUGAGGAUGAAAACGAUGAUCUUAAGACUGAAAUUGACGAAAUGCGAGCAGAGAUGGAUGAGAUGCGGGACACCUUCUAUGAGGAAGACGCCUGCCAGCUGCACGACGUGCGCAGAGAGCUAGAGAGAGCCAACAAGAAUUGUCGAAUACUCCAAUAUCGCCUGAAGAAGGCAGAGAGAAAAAGGAUCCGCUUCACAGAGAGUGGCCAAGUAGAUGGAGAGACGCUCAGAAGUCUUGAGCAAGACCUGAAGGUGGCAAAGGAUGUGUCUGUGCGUUUGCACCAUGAGCUGGAGAACGUGGAGGAGAAGAGGACAAGGACGGAAGAAGAGAACGAGAAGUUGAGGCAGCAACUAAUAGAAGUGGAGGUGACCAAACAAGCGCUUCAGAAUGAACUACAGAAAGCAAAAGAGCUCUCACUGAAAAGAAAAGGAAGCAAGGAUCUCCAGAAAGAAAGAAAGGCCCAGCAAACCCCAACUGAGGAAGAAAAUGACGAUCUGAAAUGCCAACUGGCCUUCAUCAAAGAGGAGGCUGUCUUAAUGAGGAAAAAGAUGGCCAAGAUAGACAAGGAGAAAGACCGCCUGGAGCAGGAGCUGCAGAAGUACCGCUCCUUCUAUGGGGACGUGGACAGCCCGCUGCCCAAAGGCGAAGCUGGGGGCCCCCCCACCACGCGUGAAUCCGAGCUGAAGCUCCGCUUGCGCCUGGUUGAGGAGGAGGCCAACAUCCUGGGGCGGAAGAUUGUAGAGUUGGAGGUGGAGAACAGAGGACUGAAGGCGGAGUUGGAUGACAUGAGGGAGGACAGUCUGGUGGCCGCAGGAGUGGAUGGUGAUGACCCUGGAAGUCAGCAGUGCAGAGAGCAGGGUGAGGCGCUCUCGGAGCUGAGGCAGCAGCUGCAACUGGUGGAGGAUGAAGCAGAGCUCCUGCGCAGGAAUUUAGCAGAUGUGGAGGAAGAAAACAAAAAGGUGACAAAUGAGUUGAACAAGCUGAAAUACAAAGCUGGCUCCCAUGAAGGUGGCUCCAGACACGGAGGAGGAGGAAGUGACCCCGCUAAAACAGACGCCCUCCUGGAGGAGCUUAAGGCAGCCCGUCUGCAGAUCAAUGAACUGAGCGGCAAAGUGAUGCAGCUCCAGUAUGAGAACCGUGUGCUGCUGUCUAACAUGCAGCGUUAUGACCUGGCUUCACACUUGGGCAUACGAGGCAGCCCACGGGACAGUGAUGCCGAGAGUGAUGGAGGGCGGGACGAUGACACCCCCUCAGCCUCAGCCUCCUCACCUCGCCUCCUGCCGCCCCACCGUAAACGGGAGGGCCCAGUUGGAGGCGAGAGUGACUCGGAUGAGGUGAGGAACAUCCGUUGCCUUACCCCGACGCGCUCCCUCUACUCACCUGUGGAGAGCCGUUUUUUAUCCAGAAGCCUGAAGGACCGCCAGCAAAUGAUAGACAUCCGAAUCGAAGCCGAAAGGCUGAGCCGGACUAUCGACAGGCUUAUUGCUGACACCAGCACCAUCAUUGCUGAGGCUCGGGUUUACGUUACCAAUGGUGAGCUGUUUGCUCGGCUGGAUGAUGAUGAUGAAGGUGGGAGAAUCCGAGAACAUGAGCUGCUAUAUCGUAUCAAUGCACAGAUGAAAGCCUUCAGAAAGGAGCUGCAAGGCUUCAUUGACCGCUUGGAUGUUCCAAAACAAGACGACAAACAACCAGAGGAACCUCUAUCUGUAAGCUCCAUUCAGUACACACGGUAUUGUGCAAAAGUCUUAGGCCACCAUUAGUAUAGCUUUGUUAUUAAUGAACCUCUUUAUUACAAAACCAAUUCCAAUGAAAUUGAAACGUGUUAAACAAAUAAAAACAAAUUACAAUCAUUUUAAAAUCAUGUUCAAUCUAUAUUUAAUUGAAUACACCAUGAAGACAAUAUAUUUAAUGUUUAAACCUAUACACUUUAUUGUUUUUAGCAAAUAAUCAUUAACGUAGAAUAUUAUGGCUGAAAACAUUCCAAAAAAGCUUGGACAGCCUGAUGUUUACUAGUCUUACAUCAUCUUGUCUUUUAAAAACAUUCAAUAAAUAUUUAGGAGCUAAGUGCACUAAUUGUUGUACCUUUGUUGGUGGAAUUCUUUCCUGAUAAACAUCUUCAGCUGUUCAACAGUCCGGCAUCUACCUUGUCAUCUUUUAUACUUCAUAAUGUCCACACAUUUUAUAUUUUGUCUGGACUGCAGGCAGGCCAGUCUAGUACCCACACUCUUUUACUAUGAAGCUACGCUGUUGUAACACGUGCAGACUGGUUUGGCAUUGUCUUGGUAAAAUAUCAGGGGUUGUCCAUGAAAAAUAGCUUGCUUGGAUCGCAGCAUGUUUCUCUAAAACCUGUAUGUACCUUUCAACAUUAAUGGUGCCUUCAUAGAUGAGUAAGUUACCCACGUUAUUGGCACUAAUACAGCCCAUACCAUCACAGAUGCUGGCUUUCAAACUUUGCAUCCAUAUCAGUGAGGAUCGAUCUUUUACUGUUUUGCUCAGAGAUGACGGCCACAAUAUCUAAAAACAAUUUAUUUCAAAUGUGGACUCGUCGGACCAUAGUAGACAUUUACAC